AUGCAUUUCUUCCAAAAGCUUCCCCUUCUGCUCCUCCCAGCAGCAGCCCUGGCUGGAGUUAUCCCCUAUGAAAUCAGGAAAGGCUUCGCAAAUCCUAAAACAGGGCCACAUUCAAAGAAUAUUACAGAAAUUCACGCUGAGGAAGAGAAUAGCUUCUUGAGUUUCAAAGGCACGCCACCUGGCAAAGCUGUUCAAGACGGUGUCAAGCUUCGGAUUCUUUCUGUUGGCGAUUCUAUCACCGUAGGCUUUGGGAAAGGAACGGAUGGAAAUGGAUACCGGAAGAUAUUAAAACAUGAUCUAAGAGGGAAUGUGGUCGUUUGGGCUGGCACUGAGAAGACAACGGGAGAUAUGAAAGACGGUCACUUUGCAGCUUGGUCCGGAAAAACCGUCCAGUACAUCGACGACCACAUUGAUCCAUCCCUUGAACAACGCCCCAACCUCAUCCUUAUCCACGCCGGAACAAACGACAUGAAGAGUAAUCGUCACAUUUCCACAGACGGAAACCACCCUCAAGAAACCACCAACCGCCUUAAGUCAUUGAUCGAAAAGAUGAUGUCCAAAUGUCCUGACGCUACUAUUAUCAUCGGCAUGAUCAUCGAUGUUUGCGACAACGAGUGGUAUCAUUCUCAGAGAGAGAGGACAAAGAUCUACCGUGAUCAUAUUGCUAAAUUGGCAGCUGAGCUCAGAGCGAAUAGGUCUCAUGUACUUGCUGCUGAUUUUGGGCCUUUUGAUGAUACGCUUUUGAGUGAUUGCGUUCAUCCGACACAGAAGGGGUAUGAGAUUCUAGGGCACUGGUGGUAUGAUUUUAUUCAUCAGAUUCCUGAGGGUUGGAUCAAGGAUCCUGUUGGACCUGAUCCUAUUCGAGAUUAG